CGCAGCCGAAUCCAGAGCGCCAUCGCCGGGGGACCGAUCGGGCAGCGUACCGAGCUCCCGCUGCAGUCAUGGCGGCGCCGUUAGCCCACUUCGACGAGGACUGGCAGGACUUCAACGAAUUCAAGGCGUCCUCGGCCGAGUCCCCGGACCACCUGGACCUGCUCAACUCCAAUGUGGGCCACCCGUCGUCGGGCCUGGACGAUUUCUCUGACCUGGACCGCAGCUUCUCCGGGGAGAUCUGCAGCUUCAAGUCCAUGGAGGACCUCGUCCACGACUUCGACGAGAAGCUGACAGUGUGUUUCCGGAACUACAGCACGGCGACGGAGAACAUCGCGCCCGUCAAACCCAUCUCGGAGGACAGCUACCUGAAAGACGACGAGGUGUGGAACGCUCUGACAGAUAACUAUGGCAACGUGAUGCCUGUAGACUGGAAGACAUCGCACACUCGCUCCCUACACCUGCCCAUCCUCAACCUCACAGACCAUGAGAAGUUGGACAACCAGUCUCUUGAUCUGUCCGACGACGAGGAGCUGAGGGAGCAGAUGGACAUGCACUCAAUUAUCGUCUCCUGCAUCAACGACGAGCCGCUCUUCACAGCUGAACAGGUGAUAGAGGAGAUAGAAGAGAUGAUGCAGGAGUCUCCAGACCCAGAGGACGACGAGAGUCCCUCCCAGUCCGACCUGUCAAUGCUCUCUCAGGACCUCCACGCUCUGAAACGCUCCGGCUCCAACACCAGCUACGAGGACCGGCUGCGUCAGCUGUCUGUUUCUGAACUGACUGAGAGUCUGGAGGAAGUGGAAACAGCCAUUUGCCGCUACAGCGAGGAGCUGAUCCAGGCUCUGGCCCUGAGAGAUGAACUGGAAUAUGAAAAGGAGGUGAAGAACAGCUUCAUCUCUCUGCUGAUCGAGGUGCAGAACAGACAGAAGGAGCACCGCGACCUGCUGCGCAAGAAGAAGAAAAUCCGAAGCACGACUACGACCGCGCCCAACGGCCAGAGGAUAACCAGCACGCACAUACAUGGCACGUACCUGACCACAGUAAUCCCUUAUGAGAAGAAAGCCGGUUCCCCGUCAGUAGAGGACCUCCAGAUCCUCCAGAAGAUCCUCCAUGCCAUGAGGGACGACAGUGAGAAGGUACCUGCUCUGCUCACAGACUACAUUCUCAAAGCUCUGGUAUGAGAGCAGUGGAAACUGAGUUCUUUGUCCCACGUAAAAGCCAAAGGCAGAGCCUCAUGUUUCCAGGACCUUCCACUGGACCAUCAGAAGAGGAUUGGUCUGGUAAUCUGGAAGAAUCCAGACGUUGGAUUCAAAUCCAAACCUUCCUCCCAAUUUUUCACAACAUAGACUUUUCGUCCUUGUGGUAUUUUAUUUUUUACUCUGCCACAUCGUUGAUCCUUACAUUUUAACUCGAUAUAACUCCCUGCUUUGCAAGGUUAUUUUUAAUCCUUACAUUUUUUUCUAUAACCUUCUAUUUCCUGACUGCACGAUGACUUGUCUAAUGAUGCCAGUAAUCAGUAUUAGUCUGAACACCUCACUUCCUGAUUGGCCAGUGGCUCUUGAAUGAUGAAGGGUCAGGGAAACAUCUCAAUGUUUUAUUUUUUUUACCUUUUUUGAUUCUGUGUGAGGGAAGUGUUCAGUUUGUUUUGUGUAUUUAAAUUUAAUUUGCAUCUGUCUAGUUCAGUCCCUGCACAAAAAAACAAAUAUCUGGAAUCUCCGGAUGUUAAAGAGCCAGGCGAGUCUUGGCAUUAAUUAUAAAUCCUGUUUUUCCUGCUUGGUAAAGUUAAGGUAAAUUAAUUUAAAAAAUCUGAAAUCGUAGCCCCACCUGUGUUGCAAGUCAGUUUGAGGUUAAAAAUCUAUAUUAGUUGUUAUUUUGAAUGUUAAAAUGAAAUAUUUUGUAUACUAUCAUUGCACAGGUUUGGGAACGUUUCACUUAAAAAAAAAAAGGGAACAAAGUCAUUAGACUUGAGAAAGGAAUUGCUGGAUGAACAAACAUGUAGAGAAUAUUUUUGGAUAAGGAGUUUUUUUUAAAUGAGAUUAAGGACUUGCCAGUCCACAUCGCAACAUCAUUAUGUAAAUGCUGCCCGUUGACCUCUGAACCCUCGAGUAGUGAGCCCCUCCCAGAUAUCUUCAUCACCUCCCGGGAGUCAUCAUCGCACGAGUCUGCAGAUACCUCAUGUUUUUUUGCAUCUCGUUGAAUUGUUGGAUAAAUAAUGUAGUUAAGGUUUUUUCAGAUAUGAUAAUUGUGUAGCUUCUAUUAUAAGUUAGCUUUCUCUCUAUCUGUUAGCCCUUAAACUGUUCUGUAAACUCUAGGUAUAUUGUAGUAGCACUUAAGUCACUCUAAGUGGUCUGGUCGUUUAGUAGUGGAAUAUGUGAUGGGUGUUCUUUAGAGUGUCUCACUAGAUAAGCGUUAGACGAAACUUAGGAACUUAGGCGAGGGGCGCAGAAAAUACGCUCCACUGCAUUUUUGUCAUCAUGUAUCCCGUUCCAUCUACUUAUCAGUCAGCAUGCGCAUUAGAAUUUAAAGAGCCAUAAAGGGACUCUCCACUAGUUUUCACACUUUUCAAACAAGAAACUAAACAAGAGGAGCUUUGUCAAAGUUGAGACUUCAUUUUUAUUGCAUGAUAAUAUCUCUGCUUGGGCUUAAAACUACAAAAUGUAUAACUUACUAUUGACUGAUUAAAACUCAGGGCAUGGAGAUUGAAAAAUGCCAGAGUCCAAUUUAAAAACAUGCCAUCAAGUUGCAUUUUGGUAAACGUAGGACAAAUAUCAGGGUAUCUGAUCCUCGGCCUCUUCAGUUUUGACCUUUUUAAUUUUAGUGCAUGUCUUGCCCAAAGACUCUAUAUAAAGAUGGACGAGGCGUCUCCACUUUCUCCCACUAUCUAGAAAUGAGGCCCAAUACCCUGGAUACUGCCUUCAUGCGCCGAUGACAUCAUUUAGAGCCGAAGUCUGUGCAGGACAAUGGAGCCGUGGUCUUUAGUUCCCUGUUGCCACACGUCUUGUCUCAGCUUAAUGAAAGUGAAACAUUAAAUCUUUGGAGUGCCCCCUUUAAAACCACGCUGCACCAAAUGUAGCACUAGACAUCAUGUCAUGCACUCAGUUAGUACAGUAACAUUCAAAUCACCAGCUACUACAGGUGAACCACACGCUGUCGGACCAGGUCCAGUCGAGCUCUCAAGUAUGGGGUUUACAAUCUUGUUUAGAACGCCACUGAGUCUGUGUUUCUGACAUUGUGACAGCUAAACGGUAACUUAGUGCACUUUGUGCUCUUUUGCCUACUAAAUCUCAUUUUAAACAGCCGGAGCAGAUGGAGGCGAUCAUGGUAGUCUCUUGACUAAAUCAGGGUAGCAUUACACAUGUUGAAUACGUCACUAUUAGUAGUAGUAGUACUGUAGGUGUAGCCAGCAGUUUAAUGAAAUGUACGAUGGCCACUCAGUAGCAUCUGCUUGUUGUAGCAGUGACUAUAACAAAGUUGUAACAUAAAAGGGCAGACGAGGAAGGAAAAGGGGGCGAUAAAGAUAAACAUUGCAGAUUUUGGGGACGAUUGCACAAAGGGUGCAAUCGUCAUUUAUUAUUUUGUAAAGAAUGACCAGCUCCUCGUGCUAUGUUUAACUAUUUAUAUGUACUGAUGCCAGCUUUGAAAACAUUCACAGCCUAGCAUGUGCUGCAUGCACUUUACUGCUGCAAACACAUUCUUAAUCAUUAAUAAUAUUAUUUCUGUUUACGGAUAUUUUGAUGUCACACGAAAAAGGAAAGUGCACGUUGCUUUGAAAUAGGGAAAAGAAAAACUCGAGGGUGAUUCACGAGCCUUUUUAAGAAAACAUCACUCAGCUGAUCAUAAUCUGGUAAAUACAAAAUCUCAGAGAAAAUAGUUUCUACCCAGACUUUGUAAAUGGACUUUAAAUUUUCUAAUGAAAUGGCCGUCAGCGUGGAGGUCAUGCCGGAUCUCGUCACUGCAGGAACUAAUCUCGGGCCAGAGCCGCUCUCCUGGCCUCCUCUUAGCAGACAUAUCAGUGUAUCUACAAUUUAGAGAUUUAUAUUUAUAUAUAUGUACAACAGAACAAGCAACAGAGAGAAAAAAAAAGGAGGCUGCCUUUGUAAAUGCCUGAAACCUUUUUGUACUUCAAAACUAGUUCCUCUUUUUGUUUUUAAUGCAAUAUAAUUCCCCAGUUUGGGGUAUUUUGUUUACUGUCUUGUGUGGUACUGCAGUAUAUUAAUUUAUUAUGUAAAUGUUCAUUUUGUAACCUUACUGGUGACUGUAAUGGUGCAAGUGUUUGUGCCCACAUUGCAUUGCAACUCAUUUCAAAUAAAUUGAUAUGUGAAGACUUGAA